CGUCAGGUAUCCAGCAUGCGUGCUCUGGUGGGUUUGCCUCUGCUGUUGUGUGCAGUGGUGUGCGUGGUCCAGGUGAGAGCAGAGGUGAAGGCAGUGAAGCUAUGCGGCCGAGAGUUCCUGAGGGCCGUCGUUUACACCUGCGGGGGCUCCCGUUGGAGGAGAGUCCUCAGUGAGUCAGACAUGGAUGGUUUGCCCACAAGGGAGCAGGGCAGUUUGGAGAGCCUGAGCAGCAGCACCCCGGGCUCUGAGUUGACCAAACGGGAUAUGAAUAACAUACUGACCACUGUGUGCUGCCAGGUGGGUUGCCGGAAGAGCGACCUCACCUUCCUCUGCUGAGGCCAACCUCCCCUCUUCUUCUUCCUUUCUCCAAAAUGACUCUCGUCUCUCCCGUGUCGCCUUAGUAGAAAGCAAAUCCGAAUC